AUGUCUGACUGCAGAGUUGAGGUGCAGGGACCUCUCACUUCCCCAGGAGCCCUGCCUGUGCGGACUCACUGCGGGAAGCGCACGGUGUACAAGGGAAUGCUGAAUGCUCUGAGGGGCCCCCACGAGAGUUUUUGGGGGGCCCUGGAGCUGGCAGUCGGCGCCGAGCCCGGGGCGAGCCCAGACGGGGAGUUCCAGGCCGUGGUGCAGCGGACGCAGGUGCUGCUGCUGGCCGGGGAGACGUGGGAGCCGGACCGCGCCCAGGCCGCGCUCAGCUCCUUCGCCCACCGGGUGCUGCCCGUGGCCCGGCGCUCUGUCGGGGCCCUGGUGCUUCUCUCCCCUCCCGGCUUCUGCAGGGACCAGGUUGUAGAAAGGACCAUUACGUGCACCUCGUCUGACCUCCUGCCUGAGCCAGGCCAGAGCGUCUCAUGCAGCGACUCCGAGGAGGAUGGUGGGUGCUGGAGGUUCUCAUGUUCAUCUGCAGCUGCGGUCAGCUCUGAAAACCACAGGGACUUUCAAUUUCAUAGAAAGACACAGCUGAAGGCCUGUUUGUCUUUCCCCCCAUUUCCUGCCUACUGCCUAACCAAGUGUCGGACGGGGAGAGAUUUUCCAGGCUCCGUGGCAGCUGUCACUUUAACUCAGCCAGGUUCUGCCCGUGCAGAGCCAGGGAGUUCCAUUACCCUGGACUGUGUCGUCUCUGGGUAUAACAUCAAUGACCAUCAUCUCCACUGGGUCCGUCAGGCCCCUGGGAAAGGUCUGGUCUGGGUCACAGCCUUCAGAACAGGUUUCACCACCAUCACCGCUAACGAAUUCAAAGGACGGGUCACCCCCUCCACCAGCGGCUCCACUGCCAGGCUAAAGAUAGACGGACUGACAGCUGCAGACACGGCUACCUACUACUGUGCGCGAGAAACACAGUGCUCGCUUCCCAGCUUCCUCUCCUACAGUAACCUCUGGGGCAAGGGGUUCGUCUCAUUGAGCACAUCUCUCUACAUGAAAUUCAGCCCUCUGCCACUGCCUGCACAUUGCAAGAGUCCCAAUGCAGCCCUCAAAAUGAGACCCUGGGGUUAAACAGGCCAUGGGAUGAGCCCCCUGCACAGGGUCAACUUCACCCUCAACAAUUAAUCUUGUGUCCUUACCAUAACAGACUGCCCGAGGUGGCACCGUGAUCUAUUGGCUAGCGCCCUGUGCUAGGAGUCAGGCUCGCUGAGUUCUGACCCAUUGCUCUGGGGUGUGGCCUGAGGUAAUUCACGACUACCUACCUGCCCCUUUCCUUUCCCACCCUCGGGGUCUCUUGUCGGUUUUAUAUGAUAAGCUCUUCAGAGCCAGGCCUGUUGCUUGCUGCGCUUAUGGGCCAUGCCAGUUUUGCCACAAGGAACAAUAGUAAUUAGUAGAUUCGUGUAUUUUAAGGCCAGAGAGGACCAUUAGAAUCAUCUACCCUAAUCGCCCGCGUAACACAGGCCAGAGAACGCAGCACAGCUAUUCCUGCACCAGCACCAGAGCUUGCGGCUGAGCGACUGCGCCGAUGUUAGAAAGCGUGGAAGAGGGAUUAAUGGAUUUUAAGGCCAGCAGGGACCAUGUAGUCUGACCUUCCAUAGAGCACAGGCCAAAGAACUUCACCCGUCUGGCUGUCCUGUUGAAUUAUUUGUUGGUACA